CAAAUAUCAAAGUUAAUCAAUUACUUGUUUAUUUAUUUAUAGUAAUCUGUUUCAAUUUUGAAUUAAAUUAACAUUUUUCAGUUAAAAAAGAACAAAUAAACAUUAGUUAUGACAAAUGUAUCAUUAAGACUUUAUAUUGAAACUGAUGAUACUGAGUAUCCAGGAUUGAAGAGAUUAAAAUUACAAGGAAAAGAUUUAGAAAAUGUACCAGCUGAAUUGUUCAUGUUAAGAGAAUUACAAGUAUUAGAUAUGAGUCCAGAAAGACAACCAUCAUUAACUUAUAAAUUGUUAGAACUUCCGUCAGAUAUUGGUUAUUUAAUUAAUCUUAGAAUAUUAAUAUUGGAUACAAAUGAAUUGCAUAGUCUACCGUCUGAAAUUGGUUCAUUAACACAAUUAGAAAAAUUAUCUGCAUCAAAUAAUCAACUGAAAAGUCUACCUACAUCAAUGGAGAGAUUAAAGCAAAUGAAAAGUCUACAUUUGGCGAAUAAUUUAUUCGCUGAAUUUCCUAAACCAAUAUUGAAAUUAACGAAGUUGGAGUUCUUAGAUUUAAGUAGUAAUCAUUUGGAAACUUUACCAUCAUCUAUAACUGAAUUAAUCAAUUUAGAAAGUUUAUUAUUAUUCGACAAUCGUUUGACCAGUUUACCAGAGGAUAUUGGUGAAUUACGAAAUAUAAGAUGUUUAUGGUUGGGUGAUAACAGACUGGAAAGUUUGCCACAAUCAAUUGUUGAACUACGUGGAUUGAUAUGGUCACCAUUAUUAUCACCAAGUACAACAGUUGGUGGAAACCCUUUAAAAGAUCCACCGAUUAAAGUAUGCAGUGCAGGACUAGAAGAACUGGAUAGAUAUUUCGGUGUGGAAAUAAUUAAAUGAAUCUACGCGUGCAAACAAAAAGAAUUCUGUAACAAUUAUACACCAUAAAUGACUAGUACUUAUCUAGACAAAAUUCAUUUCUCAGUUGAACAUGAUAAACAAUUUAUUGAUAUUUUCAAUGAUAUAUAUAUGCUACUCACUUGUCGAAAUUAUGCUUACUAACAAGACUAUGAAUACGCACUGAAUAGCAAUCUAGCUAAAUUUCGCAUAUCUCACUAGACGUGUUUUUGAUGACUACACCAUAAUAGUCAGUAGCUAUGUGUAACGACGUAAGUUUGGAUUAAGUCAAUAGGAACAUAAGUUAUUCUGUGUGGUGUUUCAUCAUAAGUAAUUACCAUUAAUUUUAGAGAUGACAUGAUAUUUGCAAACUAAGCACCCAACAAAAAACCUAUUAAUGUAUGAAUUAAGAUAAGAACAUUUCAAACUAAUAUCACAUUGCCUAUGUUUUCUGUUUGACACAUAAGGGAAGAAUGAAGAUGUGACAUUAUUGCUUUUGACACAAUUAUGCAGUUCCGAAUAGGGUUACGAACUGAACAACUUUUCUUUGCAGUUUUCGAACUAUUUUUGCUAGUCAAAUGUACAAAAGACACUCUGAACUUGUGUUAUUGACUGACACAGUAUUUCUCCACAUAACUCUUCAAAUUAUACCAAAAAAGUAUUGAUUUUAGAUGCAAGUUUGUGGACUGUUAAAAAUAUUGAAUUGAUUGACGUUAGAUAUGAUAAUUUAAUGGUAAUUAUGAUACGUUUAAGCGACUUUAGAACUAUUUUAAUUAGUUAUUAAUAUAUAUUUUUAAAUACCUAUAACUUUUGGCUAUUUCCCGAUAAUUUACGUAAAUACAAUUUACAAAAA